GUGGAUGGCAAAAAAGAGCGGAGCGGCGGCGAACCAAGUUUGUGGCGCUGGGAAAAAAAAGCAAAAGACAAACGGGAGAGGCUUUUUUUUAAAAUUUUUUUUAAGGAGAUAGCGGGAGAGGCUAGACUGAGGCGAGCAAAGCAGAAGUUGCGCACGGUUGGCACACUUUGAGCGCUACAAUUGUUGUGACUUGACUCCAGAGGCGCACAAAAGAAGCCAACAACAAGGAGAGGACUAACUCCCGAGCACGCUUCUUCCCCCCCCUGUCUCCGCUUCUCUUCCACGCUCCUUUAUUUUCUUCAUCUUAUUUACAAAUUAUUUUUACUUUUUCAAGUUUUUCCCCCGCGUGUGCGUGUCCCACUCCCACACCGGCGCGUGUGGCGUUUUUGUCGCCGAGAGAGCGAGUGGACGCGCGGGGGGCCGAGAGGAGUCGGAGCCGGGCUGCCCACAUGCUCCAACCGCUGGCGUGAAAGUUGACUUCUUCCCAACACGAGAGAACAGGUGCCAGUGAUGAUGGUGGAAUCAGCCUCUGAGACCAUUCGAACGACACCGUCCAGCCAGAACGGAGUCAGCAGCCUCAGCAGCCAAUCGGACGGAGGGGGAGGGAGAGAGGGCGGGUCCAACGGUGACACGAAUGGCGAGAUCAGCCCAGUCGAUCUACUGCACCUGCAACAGCAACAGGCUCUCCAGGCAGCCAGACAGUUCCUCCUCCAGCAGGCCUCCGGACUCAACUCCCCCGGCAGCAAUGAGGUCAAACAGAGCCCCGUGCAGGUCCCUGUAUCCAUGGCUAUGAUGAGCCCCCAGAUGAUCACUCCACAGCAGAUGCAACAGAUCCUGUCACCACCUCAACUCCAGGCUUUGCUGCAGCAACAGCAGGCUCUCAUGCUUCAGCAGCUCCAGGAGUACUACAAGAAACAGCAGGAGCAGUUGCAUCUGCAGCUUCUGACUCAGCAGCAGCAACAGCAGCAGCAGCAGCAGCAGCAACAGCAGCAGCAGCAGCAGCAGCAGCAGCAAGCUGGAAAGCAAGCAGCAAAAGAGCAGCUCGGCAGCAAGCAGCUAGCCUUCCAGCAACAGCUGAUCCAGAUGCAGCAGCUUCAGCAGCAGCACAUCCUCAACCUCCAGAGACAAGGCCUGGUUCCCCUGCAGCCUACCGCCGCCAUGCAGUCCCUGCAGCAAGCGAUGUGUCCGUCGGACCUCCAGCAGCUGUGGAAGGAGGUGUCGGGGGUGCCGAGCAGCGACGAGGCCUUGAAACAAGCCGAAGGCCUGGACUUGAGUACCAACAGCUCUAAUUCUACCUCAGCCUUCCCCAAAGCGGCCAGCGCCCACAUGCCACUGCACAGCCUGCCCAAUGGACAGAGCCACACCCCAAAGAGAGACAGAGCCAGACUGUUUGAGUGGAUAUCCUCCUUCACCAAGGCAGACAGUGGCGAUGACCAUGGACCCCCAUACUCCAAAGGCAGCCAGCCCCCCACCAGCCAUCACGAGGAGCAUGCCGGCUCCCAUCCUCUCUAUGGCCAUGGAGAGUGCAAGUGGCCUGGCUGUGAAGCACUGUGUGAGGACAUGGGACAGUUCAUCAAGCACUUGAACAACGAGCACGCCCUAGAUGACCGCAGCACUGCUCAGUGCCGAGUCCAGAUGCAGGUGGUUCAGCAACUGGAGAUACAGUUGGCAAAGGAGAGCGAGCGACUCCAAGCAAUGAUGACCCACCUGCACAUGCGCCCCUCAGAGCCAAAGCCUUUUAACCAACCUCUGAACCUGGCUUCCAGUGGCUCCCUGUUAAAGCGGGAUAGUGACGUCUACCCAGAGGGUCUUCCCCACCCCCCCACCUCAGCUGCCACCCCCAUCACUCCACUCCGCCAGGGACCCUCGGUCAUCAGCUCCUCCAGCCUUCACACACACUCCCACUCCCACACACACGGUGUCGGGCCCAUUCGGAGGCGCAACUCCGACAAAUACUGCACCCCCAUCGCCUCAGAGCUGGCUCAGAACUGUGAGUUCUACAAGAACGCUGAUGUCAGGCCUCCUUUUACCUACGCCUCUCUUAUCCGUCAUGCCAUUCUGGAGUCUCCUGACAGACAGUUGACUUUGAACGAGAUCUAUAACUGGUUUACGCGAAAGUUUGCCUACUUUAGGAGAAACACGGCCACAUGGAAGAAUGCAGUGCGCCACAACCUGAGCCUGCACAAGUGCUUUGUUCGUGUCGAAAACGUGAAGGGGGCCGUUUGGACUGUGGAUGAAGUUGAAUACCAAAAGAGGAGACCACCAAAGAUGACCGGGAGUCCCACUCUGGUGAAAAACAUGAUUUCAGGCCUAGGCUUUGGAUCCCUAAACGCCAGCUACCAGGCUGCCCUGGCAGAGAGUAGUCUGUCCCUGCUCAACAGCCCCCCCUUGGUGACCCCUCCAUCUGCAGCCAGCCUCAACAUGCUGCACGUGGGCCACGAUGAUGUCAGCUCCACCGUGGAGCAGGUCAACAGCAACGGCAGCUGCAGUCCCACACUCAGCCCUCAGCAGUACAGCCACGCGGUCCACGUCAAGGAGGAGCCCACCGAGAUCGAGGAGGAUUGCCGGCCCGUCUCCCUCCUGGCCGGGAUCGGCCACAACCUGCCGUUGCCGAGCGACGACCGUGACCUGGAGGACGACCUCCCCGCCGAUGAGCUGGAGUAAGACAGAGCCGACAGGCGGGAUUGGAGGGGCGGGGCUUAGUCGGCAGAAGAAACGAUAGCUACACUUGAGCGAAACGAGCGAAUAGAAAAAAAAUUGAGAACGUUUUUUAUUUUUAUUUGUCGUUAUGAGCGAGCAACCAAGGACGACAUUGAGAAACUCCAAACUGGGUUUCAAGACCUCCGUUACUUUAAGUGUGUGGAGCACUGCUUUAACUUCACGUCUCUUUCCACAAACACACACGUGCACACACAUGCAGCCACACUGGUGCACUCCUUCAGCCUCUCUGUGGAGACCCGACGAGGUUUGGAUGUAACUUCUUUUCCUCCUCACUCAGGCUGCUGGUUAGCCACGCGUGUGCAACGAUGUGUAUAUAGAUUUGGAGCAAUCGCCAGGAGUCUGUGCAGUAUCUCGUUCCAUCUCCCUACACACUUUCAAGUCUUCUCCAUCACACCCAAACCCAACGUUUGGGCUUCAGGAUGGGAAGACAGGAAGAUGCUUUCAAAGAAGACCUCGGACUGCAAAACACAUCUGGAGCGCUCCCGUCUCCAAAUCCCUGUGAGGUGUGGCACCUCUUUGCUUGUGAGAUAUUAAAAAAAAAUUUAAAAAGGAGACAUUUUCCCAGCCACCCAAAAAGACUGCAAGAAAAAGAAUAUCCAGUGCUAUCUCUUCUCCUUUGUUUGGGAUGGAGGGAUGCAUUUGGAACACUCAUAGAUGAAAACAGCCGGGAAGUGUCGAUAGAAAUAUUGUGACUUUUAAAACAAAAAAAGGAACCUGUCAGCGACAUGGAAAAAAAAACGUGGUAGCUUUAUCGUUUCCUUUUUUUAAAUUUGGUGUUAUUUUCGUUCUUUAUUUUUAGGAGCAUUAUUUCUGCAGUGGUGUUUCUGUUUCGAUGUAUCGUUUCUGCCGACGCUGAUUUAUUUUUGCAUUUGAUUUGUUUGUCUGUUUUCCACAGCAUUCCGAGUCUGAAAAAAAAGAGAAAGCGCAGUACCCCACCCCACCCUCUUUUUCACUCCCAGGUGUAGCAGCCUAGAAAUUUGGAAAUAGCACUUAAAAAUGACCAUUAUUCAAGCAAAUUAUUUAAAAGGAUUCUUUUUUUUUUUUUUUUUUUUUACAUUUUGUCUCAUUCUGUUAUUUCGAUUUAUUUAGUUGAGAGAUAUAGUAAUGCUUUAAAAAAAGAUAUAUAAAUAUAUAUUAUUGCAGUCGGAGAAUACCUCAUCCCACAAAGGUUCCAAUUUCAUCAAGGACAAGGGGUCUUCUUUGCAUGGGAUACCAAAACGUGACUCGAUUCAAAGCUCUGUGCUCGUGAUUAGUUACCGUGUCAACGUUGUCUAUGAGUCAGUGUGUCAGGAUGUGUUAAAGGAAUAUCACGUGAGAUUUUUUUUAAUGGUUUUAUUUUGUUCCAUGAGCAACAAAGCAUUGAUUUUUCCACUCUGCCAUACCAAAUUUAACAUUUGUUUUGUUUUGGGGUUUUUUUAAAAUCUAUUAUCUGCUUCUUACUCCCAUCUUAUUUUUGUUACAGGUAACCAAAGAAGUAUUUAGAAAACCAAAAACCCUGUAGUUUUGUUUCACCCUCGUUUUUUUUUUUCAGUUUCCUUUUUAUUCUUAAAGAAGUGUUCAAAAGACAACAAAUCAGUAGUUUGAUCUGUUUUUAUAUAUUUUUUUGUGUUGUUUUUAAGUAUUGUUUUAAAGUAAAAAAGGAAUUACAGUGCUGACCAAUCCCGCGAACCAAAGUGUGAGAAGCAAGCUACAAAUUUGAAUUGAAAGCUUUUUUCAAAUACAAACUGCUCCUAUUUGGUAUGAGGCCAAAUAUACAAAGGAGUAUUAAGGUUACACGAAAGUAAGUGGGGGGGGGGGAUCAAAUUCAGUCAUAUUCCAGGUAGAGCAAUGUAAUUUCAUCAAUUAGAUGCCAUAUUCAUGCAUUAUUUAAUAUUUGUUAAUGCACUACUUGAUAACUGAAAAAAAUCUUUUCCUUGUGUUAAGUUCUUUCUCGGGAACAGACACAAAAUUUAAACUCGUAUGACAAUUCACUGCAUUGUUUGUCAAACGUAUACUAAAUUGCAACGUUUUUUUUUUUCCCUCGUAACAUUGUGAUUUGUUCUCGUAGUAUAUUUUUCUCUAAUUUCAAUGUGGCCCUAAUACUCCUUGGUACAAAUAAGUAUUAAACAUGCACAGUUCCUCUUACUAAGGCAAAAGCACUUAGAGGUGAAAGCAUGUUUCUGCCGUGCUCAGGCUGAAGUGUGUUCCAAACACAAUCCGAGGACUAAGUCAUUCCAAAUGCGUGUAGUGAGGAAUCUUUCCAGAAAGAGGGAACAAAUACGAAAUACUAAAAUGAUACCAAUGGAAGAGGACAACAACCAAGGGACGUCAUGUAUAAAAAAAAAAGCAUCAUUCUUAACUUUUGCACUUCGCACCAUUUUCUUAUUUAAUUGAAGAAGCGUUGCAUUCACAUAGCAACAUAUUUCUUACAAAAACAACAAAAAAAAGAGAAGCAAAAAGACAGACCAAAAAGAACACUACCUCCUUUUGGAACUCUCUUCAAUAUUUUCCCCUCGACAUCCUUCCUCAAUAAUAACAAUAUGUGGACUCCUUGACGCGUGUGCUUCAGCCCAAAAACAAACAUGAUGAACUGUGAAGUCUACCUCGCCUUAGCUGCGACCUGAAGCGUGCUCUGCAGCUCAAAGUCUCACUCGAGUGAACCAGGAUGGAGAAGCGUGAUGGAGACGAUUGGGCCAAAAUGUGCUGUUGCAGGGAAACUCUGAUCAGGUGUGAUGAGUGGCAGAAUUGAUCUCACACACACACACAAGGGUGGCACAGAAGCAUUGAAGCAGGGCUACAUGGGUUCGUGCAAACAGAGGCUCUGACCAAAUAUCCAAAGACCCCCACCCCACCCCCAAAAGCAGUAACCACUCCCCAAGAAGACACACACAAAUACACACUCAUCAUGGCUCCUUCAGUCCACACAAGAGGAACUGCUGCAUUCAGUCGAGUAUGUAGAUGAACUUGUGCUUUAAGGUACACCUGUAAACGAGUCGCUUUUAUAAAGAUUGUUCACAGGUCACCGCGUAACAUUUCUUGGCAUAACAUGAUGUAUUCUUGUAUAUUAAUGAUUGACUUAUCUCUCCAGGGCAUUCUUUCCUUUCAUUUCUGCUUUUGUUUUUUGUUUUUUUUUGUGCGUGUGUGUGUUUUCUGCACCUGUUUAGGUAUUGUAAAGCUUGCAGCGCUGGUUCCUAUACUGUACUGCUAAUGCUGAACUAUAUGUAUUUAUCAUAUUAAGUACUGCAGGUAUCUUGGUUUUGAUAGUUUUCUUUUGUUUCCAUGUUUUCAGUUCUUCAUCAAAACGUCUGGGACGCUGAUUUUUUUUUUAAGUGUAUUAUCAAAAAAAAAAAGUUUAAAGAAGAAAAGUUAGAUCAGUGGUUUUAGGUAAGAUCUGUUUGUAUAUUUAUCUUAGCUAGGUCUAUUUUGAUACUUUUUUGUCUCUACUGCAUUUAUGCGUUUUUAAGGAGAAAAAACACAAAUGGAUGAACUAAAAAUGUCCUUCAUCAUGUAUUGAUACCUCAGAAGGACUUUUUCUUUCUCUCAAUGACAGGACCAAAACCUCUGAAACAAAAACGAGUGUAAGGAUAUUCAGCCUCUUUCCUGCUUUACACAAAUUCGGACUGUCUGUUGGUCCUUUCAGGUGCCAAUAUUGAGUCCCUCUGACCCCUGACCCUUUGUCAUUCCUUAUCUGACCUCUGGCCUGCAGAGGUGUCAAUCAUUCGCGGGCGGGAUGGGGUGCGACUGGUCACGCAGUUCCUCUCUUAAUCUCAUAGGGGCAGAUCAAAUGCUUGCAUUGUUGACGCUCAUCUUUUUUUUUCUUUUUUUUUUGCGUGGUCGUGGUACCAAAAUGUGGACUGGCGCUCCGAGAUGCAGCUUUUCGUCUGACUACCAAAGUCCAAACUCCUGAACUUAUAACCAAACUGAUACCUUAACCAAACCGAAAGCGAGCUACUUCCAAAAGUCUCCAUUGACAUCACAGAUCACCUUCACUGAUAGCUGUUAUCUCUUGUACGUGUGUGCGACGGAUGGCCUCGUAGGACCGGGCCGCCUCAGUGGUGAGAACCCCACCCCGAUCGGGACCUGUGAUUGGACGGUUCUCAGGCGUCUUUUAAAGGGGAGAAGGGACUGUCAAAGUGAAGCAUUGACGGUAAUAAACACGUCCCAAUGACCACUUCAGCUCUCCUCGGGUUAAACCUUAGGAAUACGUGUACAUUUUCAGCAGUGAUUCUUCAGUGCAUUGUUACUUAAUUUCACUUUAUUGCUUUGCUUACUUUGUUGCUAUUUCUUGUUGUUUGCAAGUGUCACCUGAGUUAGAGGCUGGGGGGGGGGGGCUGGGUGGUGGCUUUAAGACACAGAGUGGAGCCUCCAUGCUGCGUAGCCAUGUUGAUGCCAGUCACUGCCCUUUAUUUCAUGCUGUAUAAAACACAAAUACACACACACAUACACACACAUGCAUAUAUCUGUGUAUUUGUAACCUGAAACUUCUUGUGUCUGUCCAUGCAGACAAUAAAAAACUGUACAGUAGGUCUAGUUGCAUGUAAUCUGUACUAAUUAUUGACAAUGGCAUUAUAAAAUGCAAUAAAAUACU